AGUUAAUUCGCAGAUGAGCAGCUCAACUUUCUUCUUCUAAUUGCUUGCUUACUCUAACAGGUUUUUCCAUUUUAUGUAGAUUUGAACCUUUUCACUUUUUGUUCUUGAAUUUUAGAGGAAAGCAAAAAGAAAUUAACACUAUAAAUUUAGCAUCCGGUCAAAAUCAAGAUUAUAAGGUACUGGGAGAAUUGGGAGAGAAAAUGGGUCAGGCAAUUCGUCGAGCAGCUGGAAGAAUUGGGAGUACGAAAGUCGAUACGACGCCAUCACAGCUGAAAGAAUCUGUUGAAGUGAGGCCGCCGCCGGAGAAGUUGAAGGUCGACAAUGCCGGUUCCGCCUCCACCGGGAGCAUGCCAAAAGUUAAUUCUGAGAAUGUUCUUGAAGAGCGAGAUCCUCAAUAUGAUUCCAUGCUUGGUCAUAUGGUUGGGAGGAUUCGAACUAAGCCUGGAGGGAAACUUGAGAUGGGUGAGGCAUUUGUAGUGGAGAAAUACGAUAGGCCUUUACCAAAAGUAAGGAAUACAACACCCGAGUCAGGCAGAUACGAGGAAAGGCCUGCUCUUCCAGGAACCUUAAAUGUGGCACAGCUGCGCCACAUAAUGCUUCUUUAUCAAGGCAAGGCUGAUGACCACAAUGGACCUAUGCGUAUCACACAAAUUGCUGAGCGGUUCCGGAUUGAUGUUGCACAGGUUGAGAAGAUCCUGCAGUUUGUAUCACUUCCUCCAGAGGACAGUCGUAGAAAGAAAAAUGAUCAGUACUGACCUUUUGACUUGUUUGUCAUUUUCUGCCUGCCUGCAUAUGAGAAACGGGAUUUUUGUUUAUGAUUGUGAAGCGCUGAAUUUAUUAAAAGCCAGGGUUUCUGAUUACGAUUUGAGCAUUAGAGACUGGUUUUGUUUCGCCAAAUUUUAUUAGGUUGUUCAGCAAUAAUCAUGACUGGGCGGUUGAUCAACCGUACAAACGGCCAAUGUCUCUGUUAUCAGUCAUAACCAGGGCCGGCCUCCUUUUCUUUCAA